CACUAUCAUGUUUUCGUUCUCAUCCACCUUGGCAGGUCCAACUGUCACAGACAUGAGGGAGAUAGUGAAACAAACCCGCAUUAUAAAACGCCUAUCUGAGAUCAAGCAAUGUUCAAACGGUACUCUCAAGAAUUCACUCGAUUAGGAUGUGGCAUUCACAGGUUUGACAUUGGCUUAUGCUCGUGCUGUGCAAGCUAUUGCGUGAUGUCGUCUACCAAUACUCAAGUCAUCUCGUUAGCUGAUUAAGCAUUAAUGAUCAACCAUUGUAUUGCUGUGUAUUUGCCAUUUUAAGUCAAUACACUAAAACUGGCUAGUUUUGUAUAUUUGUCUGCUGUUGUCAUACCUCUAUAUUAAAUGAUACAAAAUCGCCGAAGAAAACGAACAGUCAAAUCGCUGACUUGCCAACAGCGGUUAGUUUUGUUCGUUUUUGGCAUUACAGAAUGACAUUACAUUCGGUGUUUACUUAGCGUGUUGAUAAACCUGAAAGAAGCCUAAACGUAGACAUGAAAACGAAUGUUGUGUCUUAGUAUGUGUAACAAUGCUGUAAUGUUAGCGAGGACGUGUUAGCUUGAAAAGAUCCAUUAUGAAAUCUGUACUGAACGUGGAAUAUCGUCACUAUAUAUCAGAUAAGAUUUAGUCGAAUAGCGUCUCUAUUGCAUGUGCUUGUGAAGUGUCUUUUUUUGGUUGACUGUUUGAGAGUAGUUGGUAAUGCUGGCAAGUGGCAUCAUGAAUACAUGCGGGAAGAAUGGGUUAAUAGGUCUCGGUAUCGGGGCGACAGCUGGCGCUGGUGUAGUGGGAUAUCUUAUAUACAAGGAAGUUUCCAGAAAGAGAAACGAAGACGUCGAUGUACCUCCGACGAGCCCCACUACUUUGGUUGUGAGCACACAUGAUGUGGACGGACCAUACACACGUGCGCUUGAAGUGCAAGUCUCACCAUCAGAGGUGGCAGCAGUGGGCUCUGCCCUGCAGGGUCUCUCCACAGAGCAGCAGGUGGAGCUGAGGAACCGUCUGGACGACGUGCUCACGUGCGUGGCAGGCCUCAGGAGCGAGGUGUCUGAGCUCAGGAGCGGCCUGCAGGACAUCGCCCAGAAGAUCAUUGAGGAUGUGAAGAAGGGUUUGGAGGAGAGCCAGCGGGGACGCCGCCGUCGCCACCUCAUGCCACGGGAGCGGACUGACUCCAUGAGCUCCAGCUCCAUCUACUUCAGCGCCAGCGCUGGCCCAGCUAGCAUGUACGGAGGGGAGAGCGAGGCUGGAUAUAUGACCGCCAACGCAGAAUCAGACUACACAGACCGUGAAACGGACCGCGAGACGGACAAGGAGGACGACAGGGAGGAGGACAAAGAGUCAGAGGAAGAAGAGGAUGAUGAAGAUCGCAGCACUGCCACUGUGCUUACCCUUCGUCAGGAGGACUCCCAGGCGGAGGAGGACGAUGAGGAAGAGGCGGACCGGGAGUGGCCCACCAUGGCUCCCAUGGUUCCCAUGGUCACAGACGUGCCCAGUGCAGAGCUGGCGCUGCUUCUGUCUCAGAGCGACCUCCUGCAUGAGGGGGACGGAGGAGCAAAGAAGGAGGGCUUCCUCCUGCUCAACUCUAACAAACCUCAGUAUUCUGACAGCACGGAGUUUCUGUGGCGACUGGCCCGUGCCUUCAAUGACAUGUAUGAGAUCACCGAGGAUAAGGAAGAGAAGAGAUCUUACGCUGAGCAAGGCCGCGACGAAGCCGAGGCAGCGCUGAAGCGGAAUGGCCUGAACGCUGAAUGCCAUAAAUGGUUUGCCCUUCUCACUGGCCUCACCUCGCAGUACGAGAGCAUGCAUGGCAAACUGAAAAGCAGUCACAUCCUCAAGGAGCAUCUAGACCGAGCCAUCGCACUGAGGGACGAUGACCCCUUCUGCUUCUAUUUGCUGGGGCGCUGGUGCUACGAGGUGUCCAUGCUGGGCUGGCUGGAGAAGAAGGCUGCUGCGGCGCUGUACCAGACCCCACCUUCCUCUACGGUCCAUGAAGCUCUGGAGCACUUCCUCAGGGCGGAAGAACUCAGCCCUGGCUUCUCCAAGACUGUGAGGGUUUACAUUGCCAAGUGUCACAAGGAGCUUGGAAACACUUCGGAGGCCAGCAAUUGGGCCCGCCUGGCAAUACAGAUGCCCAGCGUCUCCAGUGAGGAGACUAGCAACUCUGCUCUCGAGGAGGACCUGAAGGCUUUGAUCAACACAUCAUCAGAUCGGUCUCCAUCUAACGGGGAUUACUAGGCCUUUCCUGCGACGUCUGUAUAAACAUGGGUACACACAAGAAGCACUGACGCCUGCUCACCAGAGCAGUCCCUAUUGCAUUUUAUAGAUGACCAUGUGUGAUGAUGCGUUCAUUGUGGUUGAAGGUGCACCAAACAUUUCAGGAUCAGGUCAUUUUGAUUCUGUACUUAUCUGAUGAUUUGGCUGUUCUGUCACAACUCACCUGUGUAACACCUUUUGAGAUGCAUUUACAUGUGGAUUGAAGGUGUAGCCUGCAAGUACUAUUUUGUCAGUGAUGAGGGCAGAAGUAGGUGUUGAAGGCACCUCCCUCUCUCAUUUUAUGUUCUUCAAUUCAGUUUGAUCCUGAUUUUCCCCGAAGUGCUAUAUUGGUACAAUUUAGCACAAUAUGAGUGGUCAAUAUCAAGGCCAUGUGGUAAUUCAGUGUGUUUAUCUUGGAAGUGGAUGCAUGUCCAGCCUGACAAAGCUCCCCUCAAUUGUUCAGCAAUAUUUAAUUCCCCAUAUGUUGGUGUUGUGAAAACUGUCAAAUAGAAAUCAAUUUUGUCUCAAGUUAGUCCAGAAUUUCAUAUUAAUUUGACAACAUUCUAAACUAAACAUAAAAAUAUAGCACUGAUUAAUAUGUAUUAAGUUAAAGGUUUUGGGGGGGAAAUAAUCAAUCAAUACCUUGUUGAAAUAGUGCAUGAUUACAUUUUGAUGAUUCCACAUUCAUGUCUGAAUUUUUUUUUCAUAAUAGGUGUUUGCCUUUAUUAUCAUGCUAACUAUGUGACCUCAGAUGGAAGGUCGAGACCACACAUAUGAAGACCAGAAAUACAAAUAGUGGAAGCCUGUUUGUUCUCACCUUUGGUAUAAUUUUAAUUAUUUUUUUAAAAGAUUAUUAUUUAAAGUCAAUACAAUACUAUAUUUGUCUGUUGCAAGGACUCUAACAUUCCACGCAAAGCUGUUUACUAUACUGAUCGGUAGACCACUGUUUACGUUUAAUUUAAAUAACCACUUGUUGACUGAUGUGUAUUUAUUAAAAGUUGAUUUUAUUUUAAAA